AUGGACCCCUCACAGGAUCCCAGCCAGCUCCCGGAAGCCACACCGGAUGCUCCAGACCGCAACACCAUGGAACAAAUCCGCCUGAGGCGGCUUGCCAAAUUAGGCACAGCUUCACCGAAACCCUCCGAAGAAAGCGGCUCCUCCACUAAGCCAGAGGGCACGUCCACAACUCUGUCAGCACCGACCCCCGAACAACGCGCAUCGCCGGCCGCUCAGGCGAGCGAGAAGCGCAAGAUCAACGUUACGCCGACACCAGCAGACAAACCGCAAGUCUCUUCCUCCCCGUCCUCGACCAUCCCGGAUCGAUCGCAUAAGCGGGCCGCUGCGAAGAUUGAUGACCGCCCACAGGCCACGCAGCCGGCAACCAAAAAGCCCAACAUGGCGCCCGAGGAGUCUAUCGAUGACUAUACCCACCGCACCGUCAGUUCAUUAUUCCGAAUUACCUUGAAUUCCAGUCAAACGGAUGACGGCCACGGCCACCAAACCACAUUCCUGCCAGGCGUAGCCUCCGAACUUGCCGAGGUCGGUGCGCCCGCCAAGUUCACCGUGGCAGUCCUCGAUACGACGUUGUUGGAGGCAGCUACGGCGCAACCGCACGCGACGCCACUUCUUCGGUACUUGCUACCAUGCUGGAAGAGAGUCAGUCGAACUCUGGCCUUGCUCAAGGAUGGUGAGAAGCAGAAGAGAGAGGUCUUGGAGGAGGCGAAGAGACUCUGUAUGAGCUACUGUCUCUUUGCGCUGACGAUUCCUGAUCUGUUCGGGCGACCCCAGCCCGACGACCUCGUAACAUUUCUCCUCAGAAGCCAAGAACACGAAGAUUCUAUCUCCAUCGACUUCACCAAGGAUGUUAUUUCCCGAUUUCCGGAGGACGAGCAGUACCCCGCCGUGUUUGCAGAUGCAAUGGCUGCUAUCAGCGUGAAGCUGUCUGAUAUGAGCAUGGAGUCUGAUUACCGGCCCUACUUGAACGCCUUGUCCUUUUAUGCAAAAUUCCCUCCUCUGCUAAGGGCGGUUUCCGAGCACGAAAUGUUUCUGUCAGCCACCACUGGCCCAGAAGUGGAGAGGAAGACCAUACUCGGCCCUUUCUUCCGACUGUCGCCGCUUCAGUCCGAGGUCAGCCUUACAUACUUCCCGAACCCUCGCUCACUCGAUAAGGGGAGGGCAGCGCAGUCACAAGAUGCUCUUCGUGCCAUUCUGCGGGUAUAUCAGGAUGAGCUUUUCGCGAUUGCCAACGCCUUCAUUCGUGCUGACUCUGAUACGAGAAACCGCAUGCUCGACUGGUGCGCCCUCGGCGUCAACACUAAUCACAAGCGAAGAGCCAUCCAGGUCGACCCUCGGGAGGUAUCUUCAGACGGCUUCAUGGUCAACUUGACUGUCAUUCUCGACCGCUUCUGUUCGCCCUUUAUGGACACAACCUUUUCCAAGGUUGACAGGAUCGAGGUCGACUAUUUCAGGCGCAACCCUAGGGUAAGUAUCAAGGACGAGACCAAGAUUAACGCCGACCAAGCCGCCUCAGACGCCUUCUAUGCCAACGCAGAUUCCAAGAGCUCCAACUUCAUAUCUGAGGUUUUUUUCCUGGCUCUGGCUGCCCAUCACUACGGCAGCGGCGCGACCAACUCGAAGCUGAAAUCCUUGGACCGAGACAUAAAGUUCUACGAAAAGCAUAUCACGGCCAUGGAGGCGGAGCGAUACAAACUGGCUAAUGUGAGUAUACGAAAUUCAACGAUGAACGAUGUCAUUGCUAAUGAUAACGAGAAUCCUGCUCGACUUGCCAUGUUCGAAGUCAGCCUCAAAAGGCAUACAGAUGUCUUGGAGAAGGCAAUCGCGUCCAAGAACGCUAUUGAGGGUGUUUUUCUCGACGAUAAGAUGCAAGAAUUGUCCUUGCGGUUCAUGAAGUAUGUCGCGGUUUGGAUGCUGCGUCUUGCCAGCCAAUCGGCCUAUACACCGGAGAAGGACCUUGCACUCCCGCUGCCUUCGCCCCAGCCGGAGGCGUUCGCAUGUCUGCCCGAAUAUGCUCUACAAGAUGUGGUAGACAACUUUAAAUUCGUAUACCGAUACCUACCUCAGAUUAUGCCGUCAGCUGUCGGCAGCGAAAUGAUUGCUCUCUGCAUUGCAUUCCUUCAAUCAUCAGAGUUCAUCAAGAACCCAUAUCUCAAGUCCUCCUUAGUCACACUUCUCUUUUCCGGAACCUGGCCGUUCUCCCACUUCAAGAAAGGGGUUCUCGGCGACCAGCUGUAUGGCUCAAAAUUCGCCAACCAGCAUCUUCUCCGGGCCCUGAUGAAGUUUUACAUUGAGGCCGAGUCCACGGGUGCACACACGCAGUUCUAUGACAAGUUCAACAUUCGGUACGAGAUCUUCCAGGUCAUCAAGUGUGUCUGGGGCAACGACGUGUACAGGGAGCAGCUUGCACGCGAGAGCAAGGUCAACCGACAGUUUUUUGUUCAAUUCGUCAACUUGCUUCUCAAUGAUGCCACAUAUGUGCUUGACGAAGCCUUGACCAAAUUCCCCAAGAUUCAUCAGCUGCAAGCUGAGCUAGAACAGAAUCCCGGCAUGACGCCUGAAGAUCGCGAAAAGAAGCUCGAGGAGCUGCAGACUCUGGAAGGUCAGGCCGGAUCGUAUAUGCAGCUGGCCAAUGAGACCCUGGCCAUGAUGAAGCUCUUCACCUCGGCACUCGCCGAUGCUUUCACAAUGCCAGAGAUUGUGCAGCGGUUGGCGAGCAUGCUCAACUACAACCUCGAGACGCUGGCGGGCCCCAAGAUGGGCCAAUUGAAGGUUAAUGAUCCUUCCAAAUAUCACUUUCAGCCGCGAGUGCUGCUGUCCGACUUUGUCGAUAUUUACCUCAACCUUGCCAACUCGCAGGCCUUCAUCGACGCCGUCGCCGCCGACGGACGCUCGUACAAGCCUGAGACUUUUGACAAGGCAGGAUUCAUUCUAAUGAAGCGCCACAUGAAGGACGAUGUCGAGCUGAAAAAGUUUGAUGCCCUCAAGAACAGCUUCAAGGAGUCCAAGGCCAUCGCCGACCAGGCGGAACUAGAUCUCGGCGAGAUCCCUGCAGACUUUGAGGAUCCCAUCCUUGGUGACCUGAUGAAGGACCCCGUCAUCCUGCCUUCACAGCAUGUCGUCGAUCGCUCGACCAUUAUGCAGCACCUUUUGUCUGACCCGAAGGACCCCUUUACACGUCAGCCGAUGACGAUCGAGGACGUGGUGCCUGACCAGGCUCUGCGGAACAGGAUCGAAGCCUGGAAGGCGGAGAAGAUUGAGGCUGCCAAGGCCAAGGUUUUGGGCGACUCUAUGGAUACAACGGACGGAUGA